UGCAAAAUCUCAAGCCAAGGGGAAGAACUUGUCUCUUACAUAAUUAACCCCAAAAUCUUUUGUUUCAAUUAAGAGAUAAUUAAUUAAUUAUGGGGGUGAAGAAGCUUGCAAUUGCUAGCAUUGCUUCAAUUCUUCUAGUGGCUUGUGUGGUGGCAGUAGCUAUCUCAUUCACCAGCAAGAGUAAUGAAGAUAAUUCAUCCAAUAAUACUAGUAAUAAUAAAGUUGAUUCUCAUAUUUCAACUUCUACAAAGUCUGUCCAUGCAAUUUGUCAAUCUACUGAUUACAAACAAACUUGUGAAAAGAGCUUAGCAAGGGCCAACAACACUAAUGAUCCAAAAGACCUCAUUAAGGUUGAGUUUAGUGCCACGAUUAACGAUCUCUCUAGCGUAAUCAAGAGUUCCAAAUCGUUAAUCCAGGAAGCCUCGAAAGAUCCCAGGACUAAAGACGCGUUGCACACAUGUGAAGGCCUCCUGGGUGUCGCGAUAGAUGACCUGAGGAGGUCAUUCGAUGAUAUCAACGUGCUAGACGUGACCAAGCUUCAGGAUUACACUGACGACCUUAAAACAUGGCUCAGCGCGGCCAUCACUUAUCAGGAAACGUGUUUGGAUGCUUUUGAGAACACGACCGGUGAGACAGGUGAGAAAAUGAAGAAAUUAUUGAAAAACGCGGGGGAGCUCACAAGCAAUGGUUUAGCUAUGGUUUCGAGUUUUGGUUCAGUACUCAAAAACCUGAACCUGAAGAUCCCUGGUGUAAACCGAAGGUUAUUAAAUACUCAUGAAAGGAUGCUCCAAGAAGUUAAUUCUAAUGGGCUAAAGCCUAAUGUUGUGGUUGCACUUGAUGGUAGUGGACAAUAUAAGUCUAUUAAUGAGGCCCUAAGAGCUGUGCCCCAAAAGAAUACACAAAAAUUUGUUAUUUUCAUCAAGGCUGGUGUUUACAAUGAGUAUGUUGAGAUCCCAAGGAAAGUGAACAAUGUUGUGUUUAUUGGUGAAGGCCCAACCAAAACCAAAAUUACUGGUAGCAAGAACUUUGCUGAUGGCACUGGCACUUUUAAAACUGCCACAGUUGCUGUUAAUGGAGACAACUUCAUGGCAAAGGAUAUCGGAUUCGAGAACACAGCUGGACCGAUAAAGCACCAAGCUGUUGCUCUUCGUGUCUCGGGUGACAUGGCCAUUUUCCACAACUGUCAAAUCGACGGUUAUCAAGACACCCUAUACGUCCACUCCUAUCGCCAAUUCUUCCGCGAUUGCACCAUAAGUGGGACCAUCGACUUCAUCUUUGGGGACGCCUCAGCAGUGUUCCAAAACUGCAAAAUGAUCGUUAGAAAACCGAUGGCGGAACAAGCCUGCAUGGUCACUGCACAAGGACGGAAAGAUAGACGUGGGGUUGGUGCUAUAGUCAUGCAAAAUUGCCAAGUUUUGGCUGAACAAGAUUUUCUAACAGCUCAACCACCUAUUAAGGCAUAUUUAGGAAGACCAUGGAAGGAAUUUUCAAGAACUAUUAUAAUGCAAUCUUCAAUUGAUGGAUUUAUUGCACCAGAGGGAUGGUCAGUAUGGGCAGGAAAUUUUGCACUUGAUACUUUGUUUUAUGCAGAGUAUCAAAAUAGGGGAGCUGGAUCAAAUACUAAUAAUAGGGUAAAUUGGAGGGGUUAUCAGAAAAAUAUUGCACCACAAGUUGCUGCUGGAUUUGCCCCUGGACCUUUUAUUAGGGCUGAUGAGUGGGUUAAAUUGAGUGGUGUUCCAUAUGAAUCUGGUUUGAUGAAGGUUUGAUUGAUUUUCUUUGUGGAUGACUUUGUAAUAAUUAAGGGAAUUUUUUUCCAAUAAAACAUUCAUUUUGUUGG